UCCACACUUACCGUGUUAGCUACUGUUGAAAUUCCUACGCUAACCAACUUUAGCACCCAUGCUAACAUGUAAUUCCGCAGCUGGGCUUCCAACUGGAUCGAACCCAGUCUCAAUGAAGAAGUUAUGUUUUAUUUUUGACUCGCAACGCCAUUUUUGUGUUGAUGUUUGCGUCUCCGCGGAUCUUCGCAACUACAACCAGGACAUGUUCAGUUAGCUUGAACGCAGCAAUUGGUGGAUAACGAACCUGGCGAGCUAGCCAGCCCGUUGGUACCGGGUCUGCGUUGAGGGAUUUGGACAGGUUUAACCGCCCCCCCCCUCCCCGUAAAGGACAGCAAAUCCGGAUGCUGUGACUACCAUGAGUCCCGCAGGCUGCCCCCAUGUCAACAGCUUCAAAGUGGACAACUGGAAGCAGAACCUGAGGGUGAUAUAUCAGUGUUUCGUUUGGACCGGUUCGGCAGAGACCAGAAAACGCAAGGCCAAGUCAUGUAUCUGCCACAUGUGCGGGGCCCACCUCAGCCGACUCCACUCUUGCCUCUACUGUGUCUUCUUCGCCUGCUUUGCCAAAAAACACAUCCAUGAACAUGCCAAGAGCAAAAGGCAUAACCUGGCUAUCGACCUGCUGUAUGGAGGAAUAUACUGCUUCAUGUGCCAAGACUACAUUUACGACAAAGACAUGGAGCAGAUUGCCAAAGAGGAGCAGAGGAAAGCCUGGAAGUAUCAAGGCAUCGGGGAGAAAUACUCAACGUGGGAGCCCACCAAGAGGGAGUUGGAGCUGCUACGUCACAACCCCAAGAGAAGAAGAAUCACCUCAAAUUGCACAAUAGGCCUGAGAGGUCUGAUCAACCUGGGUAACACCUGCUUCAUGAACUGCAUCGUGCAGGCCCUGACUCACACGCCGCUGCUGAGGGACUUCUUCUUGUCUGACCGACACAAGUGUGAGAUGCAAAGCAACUCCUGUCUGGUUUGUGAAAUGUCGCAGCUCUUCCAAGAGUUUUACUCAGGACAUCGCUCUCCUCACAUCCCGUUCCGCCUCCUGCACUUAGUGUGGACGCAUGCCCGUCACCUCGCCGGCUAUGAGCAGCAGGACGCUCACGAGUUCCUCAUCGCUGCGCUCGAUGUCCUGCACAGACACUGCAAAGAUGACAACGGGAAGAAAGCAAACAACCCAAACCAUUGUAACUGCAUUAUAGACCAAAUCUUCACUGGGGGUCUGCAGUCUGAUGUCACCUGUCAAGUUUGCCAUGGUGUCUCCACAACUAUAGACCCAUUCUGGGACAUCAGUCUGGACCUUCCGGGUUCGUCCACCCCCUUCUGGCCUCUCAGUCCUGGAGGAGAUGGAUCUGCACUUAAUGGAGAAAAUCACACGACUGGAGCAACAACGCUGACCGACUGCCUGCGCAGGUUCACCAGGCCCGAGCACCUUGGCAGCAGUGCAAAAAUCAAAUGCAGUGGUUGCCAUAGUUACCAGGAGUCCACCAAGCAGCUGACCAUGAAGAAGCUACCCAUAGUCGCCUGCUUUCACCUCAAAAGGUUUGAACAUUCAGCUAAACUGAGGAGGAAGAUCACGACAUACGUCUCCUUCCCUUUGGAGCUGGACAUGACCCCCUUCAUGGCAUCCAGUAAAGAGAGCAGGAUGAACGGGCAAUACCAACAGACAGUUGAUCCCUUCAACAACGACAACAAGUACAGCCUGUUUGCUGUGGUCAACCACCAGGGGACACUAGAGAGCGGCCACUACACCACAUUCAUCAGGCAGCACAAGGACCAGUGGUUUAAAUGUGAUGACGCCAUCAUCACCAAGGCCAGCAUCAAGGACGUGCUGGACAGCGAAGGGUACCUUUUGUUUUAUCACAAACAGUUCCUGGAGUACGAGUAGUUUCUUUGGUCGCCAUGGCAGCAGGAGCAAGACUCAUGUGGAUGGCGAGGGGAGACGUCGCUGACAUGAAACAAAUUCCAGUGGAAUUUCGGAUGAAAGGAGCCACGGCGCCAGGGACAGGGUUCACCCGGUCACACAUGCUCUUUCACUCCUUCAAAGAUGACAUGACAAAGUGGCUUAUCACCGUUAAUUUAUUUCACAAGUAAAGUGUCACGUCACUUUAUCCUCAACAUGCAAGUAUCUGGACACACAAAGAUUCACAUCUCCCCAAACCUCUGUGAUUAUGCAUAAAUACACACACACACAAUGCAAAAAAAGUGACAUAUUUUUCCACGAUUGCCAUCGAAUAUUCAGUCGUGCAUGUUAGGUUCCACCUCGACUGCUGCUUCCAUCUGUGACGGGGGGGGGACUAUGUUACACAGCAAAUCUAUUUUUAUACAUACUGUAAUUAUACGUUGUUUUUACGUCUGUGCUGUCACCCUCUUUUCUAUUUGUUGACAAAAAAAAAGUGCUGAUAUUUUUUGCUGCUAUCGCAGCUGCUCAUUUAACAUUGGAAGGCAAAUAUAUUCUGUGUUAUUGUGAUGCUGUUUCAGGUAAAUGGCCAAAAUAGAACCGUGAUGAUACUUUGUGUGUGAGUGCGCGCACGUGUUUCGAUGCUUCCUGCAGCGUUAGCCGCAUGUCGCUCUGAAUUUGGUGUGUGCACAAGUUGGUGGUGAUCAGAAGAGAAGUUUGGUGUACGUGUGUUUGUAUACUGCAUUCACUUGAGAACAAAAUCAGGUUAUUUUUCUUCAUAAAUGAGAUUUGCUUAGGAGAUGAUCUUCUCAUUGUCCAAGCCCAGUACACACUUUUUAUUGUGAACUCCUUCACUCCAAUUACGAUUGUUGUCAGUUGACUCUGCCCUCUGGCUCAGCACUUUUUUCCAGUUACGAUAUCCACAUCUGCUGCCGCAUUUCUGUCACUUCCUGAUACUGAAUGCACUUCAGAAACGGCUUUCUCAGUUUUCCAGGACACAGUUGGAGGUGCUGAUCCUCAUUUGUGAAGAAAACCCAGUGGUUAAAUAUACAACUGAAAUACCACCUCCUAUGAAACAAGUGUUAUUUUGAAAAAAUAUAUAUGUACAUGUGCUUUUACAAACUGAGACUAUAUAAAGGUUGUUUUGACUUAAAACGUUAUCUCAAUGAAAGGGAUGUGUUUUAGAAUGAGCCUUUUUCCCCCCUGAAAAAAAGUGAAUUUUGUUGAUGCAGAAAAAUUGGAACAUUUCUCUAUCUUAACAAAAUACGACUUUUCCCUAAAGAUUUCUGGCCCGAUUAAACCAGUACCAGUACCAAACCAGUUUUGUUUUUUUAUGGAUCAUUUUCUUCCCAAACAUAAAGUCUGAGCCAAUUUAUCUCAUGAAUUCAGAAAAACCAAGCUGAUUGUUUUAUUUCUUUAUGACGUCAGUACUCUUCUGUAAAUGUGUAUUUCAGUACGUGUGUAUUGUCUGUUGUAUGCACGUGUGUUGUGCGCGUGCGUAUGUUCCGUAUGUUUGUGUACUGAAUCAGUACUUGCAUUCGGCAUGCUGUCUGAGCUGGGUAUCACAGUUAAGUAGGAUUUUUUUCCCACAUGUUGAAAAUGUGUGUGUGUGUGUGUGUAUACAUAUGUACAGUUUGUAUGUAAGAAGCAAAUGGUGCAACCUCAAUUUUAUUUUGUUUAUUUUUUGUUGCUGGAUCUGACCCCACGAGGUCGUCGAAUCGAAAGAGUAUGUGUCUCGACCCAUUCAGUCAUUCCUCACUCUCAUAACUGCUGCAAGAACUGGACACAUAGAUGGAACGACACUCAAAUAAAGACAAAUUUAUA